AUGGAACGGUCGAGCAUCGGAAAGACGCGGGCCAGCAAGCUGCUCAAUCGGCGAUGUCAAAGCGGAUCGAACGCUCGCGCGGGAGUCGUCGAGAUGAGGCUCGCCGUCGAACCAGACCAGAAUUCGGUGCGCUCCGCGCCUACACCACUUUCUUUCUCAGACCCAGUAAUCGACAAGAAAGUCCUCAUUGCUAGCAGCAGCCUGUCCAGCUCGACAGAGUGGGAUUCAUUUCACUUACAUCCAUACACGCACAGACUCACACUCCGCCUCCCCAUCCUCCAUGUUUACUCUCACACUCUUCUUCUCCCCCGGACCGAUCUCUUUCCCCAAAUCUACUACAAUCGUCACCUCUCGCAUUCUGAGCCGCACUCACGGCUCAUCCUCCUCCUCGCAACGCCGCCCGAACCCGAGUCUCAACAACCGCCCGACCCAGCACAUCAUAAUGCAGCUAUCGACGUAAUUCUCGACUCUAUGAAGCUUUCUCACAACGAGUUCCUGGACAAGAUGGCGCAGAUGACAAGGGCAGAGAGAGCGUUGGGUGGUCUUCGAAGAAUAUUCGCGGGAUUCAACCAGGCGAUAGAGGAAGAUGUGUAA